GUUUUUGAGAACAGGGCUCAAUGAUGAAAGUUUACAGUUUUUUGUAACUGUCUUAGCAGCUGAGCUAUACUUCCGCUUACAUCACCAGCUUCUGUGUAAAACUGCAAACACACCUGCGUUUAAAAAAAAAAAAAAAGCAUCACCGCCACACCCUCCUCGGAGUGCAGCAGCAGCAUCCUCAGCAGCAGCAUGGUGCCAGCCGUCCUGCUCGUUUUGGCUGUCACAGCAGUCUGCAAUGGCAUCCUCCCUGAGAUAGUGAACUCGGGCAUUAGUCACAUCCUGGAGGAUGACUCUGCACAGGGACAAGCGGAGCCGGACAGCGUAUUUGUGGAAGUGGAGCAGCUGCCAGAGGAUCCCCAGCAAACGCCAGAGGACUCGUUUCACCAAACAAAUGAGGAGAACUCUCAGUCGAGUCUUCACAAUGAAACUGCUUCUGAUAAAGUGACUGAUAAAGACCAGGAGACAAACAACAUUACCACAGUCGACAGUUCUAACGACCUGGAGAACAGAGUCGAUCACGGAUGCAUCAGUGACGAUGACUGUGGGAAGGGAAGGUACUGCCUUCACGACCCACAUAAUGCCAAGUGUCUGCCAUGUAAAGCACUCGAUAUGUCCUGCACUAAGGAUGCAGAGUGCUGUGGUGAACAGCUCUGUGUGUGGGGCCAGUGCAGCCAAAAUGCAACGAAGGGAGAGGCAGGAAGCACUUGUCAAUACCAGACUGACUGCAGCCCAGACCUCUGCUGUGCUUUCCAUAAAGCCCUCCUCUUCCCCGUCUGUUCGGCCAAGCCUAUUGAGCGUGAGCGCUGCUUUGGUGCCUCCAACCACCUGACUGAGUUGUUGUCCUGGGGCACGCAAGAUGAGGGACCCAGGAAAUAUUGCCCCUGUGCAGGAGAUCUCCACUGUCAACACCUGGGACGGGGGUCAAUGUGCCUGAAAGGAGAGGACUCGAGUGAAGAGGACCUGACAGACACUCUGUACUCAGAGAUAGACUACAUACUUUAGGCUCGGCUCGAUUUAUUAACAUUGCCUUGUAAAAAGCUAGACAGACUUCUGAGCUUUUUUCUUUUUUCUUUGCAAAGAGCACUUUCUAUUUGCCGGCUUCAGUCAAAGCAGUAAAGAUUUAGGGCAUGGGAAAUGGAUGGCAGUAUAUGUAGACUAGAAUUUUAGAAAUACAGACAGGUGGCACAUGAAAGGAAAAAAAACUGGCGGCUUAUCCAGACUUGACUCAGCUGGUGAUUGGAUGAACCUCCGGGUGACUUUAACCAAUCACCUCUGUAAAAGAAAACGCCACAGCGAGUGUCCAAAGCAAAAAGCAAGCCACAGACACAGGAGCUAGUUGUGUCGUCGGCACGUUGUUUGAUGAUUCUUAAAUCUUUUUAAGGGAAUUCUGGGCAAGAGGCACUUGAAGGCAGCCACUUUGUAAAAAAACUACUUGUCAAGUCCUUUGAUGCAGCUUCAUUUCUUUGUUGUUGCAGUCAUCACAGUGGGGGUGAUGAUGUGACUGCCCCCGUUUUGCUGGCAUGGCUCAGGUCCCCUUGGAUUGACAGGUUGCUCAAAAUCAAUAUGAAUUUGUUCGGUGUAAUCUCCUUUAUCCUAGGAUGGAACAUGUCCACCAUGAUGGGAGAUGUUCUCUUCUGAGAUUACAUAAUUACAGUUCAUAGGGUACAUGCGGAAACUGAAAUAUGAAAAUGAACUGAAUAAACAGAUGCAGUGGCCUUUGCAGUCUCCAGAUCUCAACUAAUCCGUGGGAGAUUUUGAAACAUCAUUUCAAAAAUGAGAGAUUGCUUGGAAGACCUGAACAUGAUUUUUGGAGAUAGAGAUGUUAAUGUAUCUGGUGUUUAGACUCGCACAGCCCAUCGUGGCAGAAUGGAAUCCCGGCGGUGAUAGGAUUUAGGCCAGGACCCCUGAAAGUCUAGACCCUGGUGGUGGUGAAGAUGAAGACGAAGCUUGGUUGGAGCGCUGACUGAGGUAUCUGUAAGGUGGAAAUGGGGUGGUUGCACAAAUUAGAGUCUGAAAGGGAGAAUAAAAAGCAGCCUAACACCCCGGAAAGCAGGUUGAUGAGGGAUUGCAGUUCUUCCUUACUGAAGUUUCACAUUAGGGUUUCCAUCAUCGUUUAAACAGAAUAGAAUAGAAUAGAAUAGAAUAGCUUUUAUUCUCACUGUUAC